UAAAAUUAAAAAAAGAGAAGCGAACUCUGAAGUUAAAAUAUUAAAUAUUCGAAUUUUAAUUUAAAAAAUUUAAAGUUAACAAUGUUUCGUAUAAAAAACCUUAUCCCUGCACUAAACAGAAAAUCUCAUCAAAAAAGCGCAGUUAGACUGUUUUCGGGAAAAAGAUUUUUUUCAAACUCAGUUGAAAAUGAUAAAUUUUCACUUAAACACGACGAAAUCGGCCGACCUCUUUAUUUUGAUGCACAAGCUACAACGCCAAUAGACCCCAGAGUUUUGGAUGCUAUGUUACCAUAUCUAGUAACCUAUCAUGGUAAUCCGCACUCAAGAACUCAUACUUAUGGAUGGGAGAGUGAAGCUGCUGUUGAGAAAGCAAGAGAGCAAGUAGCUAAUUUAAUUCGGGCGGAUCCUAAAGAAAUAAUAUUCACAUCAGGAGCUACAGAGUCUAACAAUAUUUCUAUAAAAGGAGUUGCACGGUUUUAUGCACCACGAAAAAAGCAUAUUGUUACGACACAGAUUGAACACAAAUGUGUGUUAGAUUCUUGUAGAGUUCUGGAAGGGGAGGGAUUUAAAGUAACAUAUUUGCCAGUUGGACCAAAUGGUAUAAUUAAUUUAGAAGAUUUAGAAGCUGCAUUAACACCUGAAACUAGUUUGGUAUCAAUUAUGACAGUAAAUAAUGAGAUUGGUGUGAAACAGCCUAUUGCAGACAUUGGAGCAAUAUGUAAGAAACAUAAAACUUACUUUCACACAGACGCAGCUCAGGCCAUUGGAAAAAUCCCUCUGGAUGUGAAUGACAUGAACAUUGACUUAAUGUCUAUAUCUGGUCAUAAAGUUUAUGGACCAAAAGGAGUUGGGGCUUUAUAUAUUAGGCGCAGACCCAGAGUACGAGUUGAACCUAUACAGAGUGGUGGUGGUCAAGAAAGAGGUAUUAGAAGUGGUACAGUUCCCACUUCACUAGUAGUUGGUUUAGGUGCAGCAUGUGAACUAUCAGAACGAGAAAUGGCAUAUGAUCAUGCACGGAUGGAAAAUUUAGCAAAGAGGUUUUUAGACAAAAUAAACUCAAAGCUGACACACGUAAUCAGAAAUGGAGACGUAAAACAAUCUUAUCCUGGCUGUAUUAAUUUAUCAUUUGCUUAUGUUGAAGGUGAAUCUUUAUUAAUGGCUUUAAAAGAUAUUGCUUUGUCAAGUGGCUCAGCAUGUACAUCGGCAUCUCUGGAACCAUCAUAUGUAUUAAGAGCUAUUGGAACAGAUGAGGAUCUAGCACAUAGUUCAAUAAGGUUUGGCUUAGGAAGAUUUACUACAAUGGAUGAAGUAGAUUAUACAGCAGAGAAAACAAUAAGGCAUGUUGAACGUCUCAGAGAAAUGAGUCCUCUUUGGGAAAUGGUUCAAGAAGGAGUGGAUAUCAAAACUAUACAAUGGUCUCAGCACUAAAUGAAGGCAACUAUUGGAUGUUGGAUCAUUAAUAUUACAAUGUUAGUCUCAAUCUAUAAUGAAAGUCUAAGAUUAUAAUAUUAGGGCCUUAAAUGUGAUAACUUAAUUUAUAAGUGAUUACGUAAUAUAAAAAUAUUCCCUAAGUAUAGGUUUUGAGUUGUAAACAGUUAAAUAUAUGUAGUGCAUAUUUCUCAUUAGCAGAUUCCAUUUCUCAGAAGAAAUAUUUCAAUGUUACAUGAGAGCCAUUUAUUUAAAUAUUUAAAAGCCCAUCAUCCUGUAAAAUAAUGCCCAACACUAGCUAAUUUAAUAAAAUAAAAACUGUAUUAUUCAGUUAGAAAAUAAAUUUUGGAAAUAAAUAUUCUUAUAUAAACUGUUAUUUUGUAUAAAGAAAGAAUUGUACUAGGCUA